GCAGCAUCGCCCAGUGGAGAGAGCGGUGUAGAAGCGAAGUGGCGAAGGAGAGGGAAGUGCAUUUUUCUCACAUAUUCCACUUGCUUCAGCGAGGUAGCAUCAGUUUGGUUGUGAUACAGAAGGAGGAGUCGAUAUUACGGGAAGUGAUGUUACAUUGACGGAAAAGGGCAGGUUUAAAUUGGUUACAACCCAAAAAGGACGGAAAAUUGGUUAAGAAGAAAGUGUCAGAAGUGGUCAGAAAGCUGAACUGCGUUUUUCACGCCAGUAACAAGUAAAGAAGGACUAUCAUUUUCCGGUGUCGGUCAGACUGCUGCAAAUUUAUCCCACCCUGUUUCUUGAAGACAAGAUGAGGAGCUGUUCUGUGGAUGGAUUAAAGGCUGAAGUUCACUUUGAUGCAUGACGGAUCAAAAUUUCUACACAGAAUCAAAAUCUGUUUUUCCUUGAAGCGUUAAGGCAAGUUGCGGAAAAAAACCAAGAAUUCACACCUUCCAGAUAACAGUGGAUCGAUAACCUACAGCAGUUGCUUGUUCACUUCAUUCACUGGGUGGAGGUCAGAGCGAAGUUUUCACUAUGUCUGAUGGGGACUAUGAUUACCUCAUCAAAUUCUUAGCUCUGGGAGACUCAGGAGUGGGAAAGACCAGCUUCUUGUACCAGUACACAGAUGGAAAGUUCAGCUCCAAGUUUAUCACAACUGUGGGCAUAGACUUCAGAGAAAAAAGGGUGAUGUAUAAAUCUUGUGGCCCAGAGGGGAAUUCUGUCAGAGGGCAAAGAAUACACAUUCAGCUGUGGGACACGGCAGGACAGGAAAGGUUUCGAAGUUUAACAACAGCGUUCUUCAGGGAUUCCAUGGGCUUUCUUUUGCUAUUUGAUCUCACAAAUGAGCAAAGUUUCCUUAACGUCAGAAGCUGGAUGAGUCAGUUACAGAUGCAUGCAUAUUGUGAAAACCCAGACAUUGUUUUAUGUGGCAACAAAUGUGAUCUGGACGACCAGAGAGCAGUGAAGGAAGAGGAAGCCAGGGAGCUUGCUGAUAAAUAUGGGAUUCCUUACUUUGAAACGAGUGCAGCGAACGGGCACAAUGUGAGCAAAGCAGUGGACUCUCUGCUGGAUCUCAUCAUGAAGCGAAUGGAGCGGUGCGUGGACAAAUCGUGGAUACCUGACGGGGUGGUGCGCUCCAAUGGCCACGGCUCUACAGAGCAGCUCAGUGACAGCAAGGACAAAGACCAGGGCAAGUGCAGCUGUUAAUCUGCGCCAGGAGGAGCACCCCAGGUUUCUGAGUAGUACAGCUGCAGUUGCCUUGACAAGGGGCAUGACCUUUCUGUGUUAUUGUAACAAAGCCCUCCAUCAGAAGAGGUGGGGGUGAAUGCUGAAGGAAAUGGUUUGUCCAGACAGUUACAUCUUGUGUAAGAGUAUUUUGCCCCUUUUAACUCAGUUGUACUACCAGUAACCAGUAAUAAAGUAACCAGGCACAUGCUAGGUACUGUAUGGGUCAGGAGAGGUGGCACUUACAUGCGGAUGCCAUGAUAUUUAAAAUAUAAACUUUCUUGUAUUCCAACAGGAAAACAGGGCAGAGUUAGUGCUAGCAAAGUUUCUUCAGUGCCGUGAUACUGCCAGGUGUUCUUUUGGGACCGUUUCACUUCUUAAUUGGAUAGAAAGUGCUGUAUACAGAACCUGUUGGUCCUGUUUCGGUGAGAUGCAAUUGUCCUAAAUCUGAUAAUCAUUACAGGAAAUUAAAUGGGUGAUAGAAUUAUUUGCACAUAAAAUCUUUGAUUCCAGUUAACCUGUGGGUGUACAUUAUGUUUAUAUAUUUCUUUAGUAUUCUUAUUAUGGUGGCGUUUUGGUGGAUAGUUUUUUGCGUAUGAUUCUUCUGUCUAUGUUCGUAAAAAAACAAUCAAUGUUAUAUAUAUAUAUAUAUAUAUAUAUAAGCUUGAUUUCAAUCUGUGUCUAAAUCAAUUGUAUUGUAUUUCUUUAGAACACUGGAUUGUUCCCAAACACUCAAUAUAAUGCCAAAUAUGUAAACCACAUUCUAUGUAAUGAAAAGAUUCCUCGUAAUAUUUUAUUAUUUAUUAAAAAUCAUGUAGUAAACAUUAAAACGAUAUUUGCAUCUUUAUUAUCCACAGAAAAAGUAUGAAAGUGUUGCUUGAUUUUCAUGUGUAAUAUGAGAGCAAACAACCCACACGCUUUUUGUUUUAAAAUGGUAUGGUGGCAGUCAGUUUAGUCUUCAGUAGCAUUUGGUGCAAGUUAAUAUUUCAUUUUUAAAUUAUUUUAAUUCACUGGUGUAACAAGUGAACAACGUAUAGCAUAUUUGAUUUACAUAUAGAUAUACAAUUGUAGUAACAAAGCUUCAAUUACAAUUUAAAAUGCAGUAUGUUUAAAUGCUUAAUAUUUUCUGAUCUGGAUUUCUGAUUUAUUUCUAACCCCAUAUUUACAAAGACAUGUCUGACUGCUUCUUCAUUUAGUGGCCGUGAUUAAAACAGUGAAAGAUCCACUUUGCUAUGAUAAGAAUAGGAAUUAUUAGGGUCAACAUUGUGCUAAAAGUUCAGUGGAUGUAUGUAUGUAUAUAAAUAUAUUUUACUAGUGCUGUCUUGUUCUUUCACUAUUUUGAUUAUUUCACGGUUAGGCCAUGCUGAUAGUAAAAUGUACAUUACUAUACUGUAUAAUGACCCUUCACUUAUUCACUGCCCUCAGUAUUUUUUCUGCAAGUCUGAUAUAACGAGGGUUGGAAGAUUUUACUAUAUACUGGGUUGGAAGAUUCUGUGCAGAUUUAAGCACUUUUUUAAUUAAUAUUGUUAAAGGUAAGAGUUUUUAAUUAUUGAUAAAAAAAAAUACUGUUAUCCAUUAACAUUAUGUACUAAAACACUGAUAAUUUCUUUUUCCGUUUUAAAGAAUGUUCCAAUUGUAAAAUCAUUUAGAUUUGAUACUGAAAAAUAAAAGAAAUAUGUAUCUCUUCAGUAUUGUUUGAAUGUGUUUACAAGGCUGUCAAAUUAAAUAUGGCAUCACCUAACAGAAAAAAGAACCUUUAUAAUUAAAGAAAGUAUACCUUU